UUCGUCUUCAUUGUUGUACUUGCAAGGGCUAGCAAAGGACGUGCAGAAGAACCAUGUCCCUCUGUAAACUUUUUACUGUGCUGCUUGUGUGUGGAUUUGCACACAUCCAUACUGUUAAAGCUGCGGAACCCGCUUGGCCUUGUCCCAUAGACGAUUAUAUUUCGCCAUGCACCUGCAUAUCGGAUAUUUCAUAUCACGUGGAUAUUGAUUGUUCCGCUGUCACCGAUGAAUCUGAAAUCCGGAAUGCUUUUGCCCACACCUUCCCAUUCGAUGAUGUUUACACUUUCAAAAUUGAUAACCCAAAUUACAAAAACCCUAUAAUUAAUCUCACAAGUGGAGUCUUCGAUGACAAGUACUUUUACUCGGUGGAUAUAACAGGGACUCAGCUACAGGCUAUUGAAGAUAACGUCUUCGAUGGAUCACACGAUUCUCUUACUACCAUGAAACUGAGCGGCAAUGAACUGAAGAGUUUCCCUUUCCAAGUCUUGACGGAGUACAAGAAGAUCCGGUCACUCAAUUUGCAGAACAAUAAGUUAAUUGAGCUGCCGAAAGUGAAUUCUCCAUCGUUGCUGACACUCAUGAUGAAUGGAAAUACCAACUUGAAUCUUACAUUCGGAGACCAAACUUUUGUAGGUGCGCCCAACUUGAGAACGUUGUACUUGGCCAACACUGGACAGACUUACCUCGUACCGGACAUGUUCAGCACACUUCAGAACAUCGCAGAAAUUUAUAUCUCAGAAAACUCAAUUAAGGAACUGGACACACGUACCUUCUUCACUCCUCAACACACUAUCACAAAGUUGUACCUGGCCAACAAUGGAAUAAAUGAUGUACACUUGGGAGCUAUCAGCGGAAUGGCUCCAGACGGAACUAUCGACUUGUCGUAUAACGACAUCACUGUACUCGAUGAAACAAUUUGGCAGCCGAUUUUCGAGCAGAUUGUCAACGGUGGAUCCCUAAUUUUAGGCAACAACCCGUUGCAGUGCGGAUGCGACUUCAAGUGGAUCGUCAAUAACGACAACUACUUGAGCCUGAUCUCUCCCGAAAGCUCAUGUCAUGCUGGAGUGCUGGUGUCGGAAAUCAGCAAAGACUUCAUUAACAAUAACUGCGAUUAGAAAAAAUAUGAUUGAUGAAUGAUGUCAAAUUCCCAGUUAGAGUAUCAUUUACCAGUAGAAUGUGAACUGACCGUAGCUGCCACUGUCGCUUGUGCACCUACUGGCAAGAUGCCCAAAAUUAAAGUACUGAGGCCUGA